GCGGACAGCUGUGGGGGGCCGUGGCGGGGUCCUGGCGGGCGGGACGGUGGUGUCUCCUUCACUUCGCCCUCCAGCCGCGGUAGCUACACCAGGAGCCCUAACGCGUCCAGCCGCCCGAACAGCUAGCGGAACGCCGACGGCCCUCAUCCAACUUCCAGGUCUUCCCUUCCCGCGGCCUCACCAUGUCGUGCCAGCCGCCGUGUCAGCCGCCGUGCCAGCCGCUGUGUCAGCCACCCUGUCAGCGUCCGACAAUGUGUGUUCCUCCAGCAUAUGCUGACCUUGGCAAAGCUGCUAGAGAUAUUUUCAACAAAGGAUUUGGUUUUGGAUUAGUGAAACUAGAUGUGAAAACAAAGUCCUGCAGUGGAGUGGAAUUUUCAUCAUCUGGUUCAUCUAAUACAGACACCGGUAAAGUUUCUGGGACUUUGGAGACCAAAUAUAAAUGGUGUGAGUAUGGUCUGACUUUCACAGAAAAAUGGAACACUGAUAACACUCUGGGAACCGAAAUCGCAAUUGAAGAUCAGAUUUGUCAAGGUUUGAAGCUGACAUUUGACACUACCUUCUCACCAAACACAGGAAAGAAAAGUGGUAAAAUAAAGUCUGCUUAUAAGCGGGAAUGUAUAAACCUUGGCUGUGAUAUUGACUUUGAUUUUGCUGGACCUGCAAUUCAUGGGUCAGCUGUUUUUGGUUAUGAAGGCUGGCUUGCUGGUUACCAGAUGACCUUUGAUAGUGCCAAAUCAAAGUUGACAAGGAAUAACUUUGCAGUGGGUUACAGGACUGGAGACUUCCAACUGCACACUAAUGUCAAUGAUGGAACAGAAUUUGGAGGUUCAAUUUAUCAGAAAGUUUGUGAAGAUCUUGAUACUUCUGUAAACCUAGCUUGGACAUCAGGCACCAACUGCACUCGUUUUGGUAUUGCAGCCAAAUAUCAGUUGGAUUCCACUGCGUCUAUUUCUGCAAAAGUCAACAAUUCUAGUUUAAUUGGAGUGGGUUAUACUCAGACCCUGAGGCCUGGUGUGAAGCUUACGUUGUCUGCCCUGGUGGAUGGGAAGAGCAUCAAUGCUGGAGGUCACAAACUUGGGCUCGCCUUGGAGUUGGAGGCUUAGUCCAAUCGAAGAAAUCUGUGGGGAAGGGAUAGCUAGCAGAAGAUUUGGCCUUAAAAUAUAUUUCCAAUGUGACCAGCAGGCUU